UUUUUAAUGCCUAUGUGAUUAUUACUAGCUAUAGACAUGCAUUAUGUGUAUUUCUGUGUAGGCAGCUAGUUAGCAGUUCAGAUGUAAAGUAAGGGCCUAGUCAGCUACCCUUGCAGACAUGUUGUAUGCUGUUCUAUGAUAUGUAUAUUUGCAGUUCAUGUACUUUCAUUGCAUUCUUUAUGUUACUGGUUCACAGUUUCACACCAACUUACUUCGGCUCAUUAAAGCUACAGAUCAUUACCUGGUCUCAAUUUACUGAGUAGUAGGAGGGUGUUUAUCUGCCUGCCAAGUCCAUACACACCCCAGGGGUACACGUGGUAACGAGGACAGGACAGUGAAACGGCUGCGACCUAGCCAGUGAAACGGCUGCGACCUAGCCAGUGAAACGGCUGCGACCUGGCGAGUGGAAAAUAGGAUACAGACUUCAGAGGCCGCUUUCCCACCACGCAGCUACCUGCAUAUGAGAACACAGCAGUCUCCUCACAGCAUCAUGUCACAAAGCCAAACUUCUUACAAGACAAGGUCUAAGGCCAGUCGCUCUGCAAGGUCCUCAGCAGUCAGCAAUGCCGCCGCCAUUGCACGUGCAGAAGCGGAGGCAGCAAAAGCACGCGCUGCCUUUGCAGAGCAAGAGAUGCAACUAAAGCUACGUCAAGCAACAUUUGAAGCUGAAAAGGCAAGUCAGCAAGCGGCACUGGAGAAGCUCUCAGCGCAGAAGGAAGCUGCUGCAGCCAUUGCCAAAGCAGAGGCCCUGGAAGCACUCUUUUACCCAGACGACGAAAGAUGCAGCGGUCCAGCCAACCUAGAUCUCAUCCAUCAAGAUUCCCUGCAGCGCACUUCAGAGUAUGUCCAUCGACAUUCCAGAAUGAUCGACACUCUCCAGCCGACAGAAGAUCUUCAACAAGACCUCAUCGACGGAUUUCAUCAAACCCGCCUCACAGCAACCCCGGAAGUCCAGGAUAAGUCUCUAACCCGCAGGCCAGAGGACAAUCCAGGAAAUGAACUAAGUAGGGACCACCCGCCUUCUCAUCAGGAGUUCCAGCCUGCGCAUAAUGUUCCAGAAACAUCCUUUUUCGUGCCUAGAAGGUCUUCCUUCACGUAGAGCUUCAGUGGCGGUUCACAAGACUGAACUGUUCCCUUCAGACUCUCUCCACAGGUCUGCUGGUUCCUACCAUGCAACAAACAAAGUUAGAAACCCUGGUAAGCAGUGUCCUAUACACCGAAAACCACAUUCUCUCCUGACAUGUAGGGGCUUUAGAGAAAAACCCAUUGAGGAGCGUAAAGCCUUCCUUAGAGAAAAUAACAUCUGCUACAAGUGCUGUUCUUCAACCACUCAUUUAGCCAAAGACUGCAAGGUUAGUGAAAAGUGUAAAGAAUGUGAUAGCACAGACCAUAGUACAGCAUUACAUCCUGGACCAGCUCCAUGGACUUUACAACACGCUUACAAUACUGUUCAGCAUGGUGGAGAGGAGGGUAACACUACUGUCGCUACCCUGGAGGUCACUCCACAGUGCACUGAGAUCUGCAAAGGAUCCAUAAGUGGAAGAUCCUGUUCCAAAAUAUGUCUAGUCCGAGUCUACCCAACAGGACAAAGAGACAAAGCAGUCAAAAUGUAUGCCAUUCUAGAUGACCAGAGCAAUAGGUCUCUAGCCACCUCAACCUAUUUUGACAUAUUCAACAUUAAAAGCCCCAGCUUCCCAUACUCACUAAGGACUUGUGCAGGAUUUGUGGAGACGGCGGGGAGAAGAGCAUCCGGUUUCCAAGUUGAAGCGAUGAACGGCGAGAUCAGCUUGCCCUUACCAACCUUAAUAGAGUGCAAUCAAAUCCCUGAUCACAGAUUUGAAAUUCCUACUCCAGAUGUCGCAAUGCAUCAUGCACACCUAAAGCAUAUAGCCCACCUGAUCCCAGAACUUGACCCACAGGCUAAGAUAAUAUUGCUACUCGGGAGAGACAUUCUACGAGUCCAUAAAGUGAGACAGCACAUAAAUGGUCCUGGCAACGCUCCUUAUGCACAAAGGCUGGAUCUAGGAUGGGUCUUAAUAGGAGAAGUCUGCCUUGGGAGUGUGCACAAGCCAGAGUCAGUUCAUAAUAUGUUUAC